AAUUUUAUUAUUUUCAGAUCCGUAUACUUUGUAUAAAAUAGAAAUAAAACUAUCAUUUGUUAAUUUGAAUGUCAAAACUAUUCACCAUGAACGCACUAUCGUUCACAUACGUGCUACUGAUCUCAUGUUUUAUCGUCGUUUGCAACGCAAGUGUGCUUUCGUAUGACGUCGUUGUAUCCGAACUGUCUGAUGAUAAAGAAAUUAAUAAAGUUGAACAGGAAAUUUAUAUUGAUGAAGUUUAUAUGCUGACGACUACGCCUCCAGUAAUCGAAAUGGUGUACGAAGAAGAUUUAGAAAAAGAGAAUUCGUUUAAUGAAACCGAAUUCGUCGGGAGGUCAAACUAUAAUCUCACCGCAGAAGAAUUUGAAUUAGCUUUUGGAAAAGAAGGACAUUUUCCAGAGGAACAUAUGAAUUUCGACUUAGGUUUCGGCGCUGGCCUCGUAAACUCCAAAGAUUGGAGCAGUUGGACUUGUUGUCGUCCUGUCCUCAAUAUCCGAUCACGUGAGAGAGUUCGACAAGUGCCAAGAAUCGAAAUGGAAUACAAGAAAUGUAGCGAUGGUUACUGCAAACCGCACAUGUGCAAGGAUAAUGUAAAUGUUUGUGAAGCAUUUAUAAAAUCUAUGGGACAAGGAUUGUGCGACAAAAAUCAUAUGAUGUCGACGUUUAUGGGACAUCAUUGCCCUCUGACUUGUAACUUCUGCGGUGGAAGUGGUGAGAAGCCCACCGAGCCACCACGCCCAACUCUUCCACCUUGGAUGCAAAAUCCAUGGAGACCGAGAACGACAAAAGCAGAAAGACCAAUUUUUACCACACCGAGACCGCGUAUCACAACAACCAAGCGUCCAUCUCGCCCGUGGUGGAUGACCGAAAGACCAACUACAACCAGACGUCCGUAUUACACCACUAGACGCCCGAGAAUCACACAAAAGCCAUGGUGGGAAAGAAAAACAACUACCACGACUCCUAAACCAUUUGUUUCUGGAUCUUCCGGCCUGGUAAAAGUUUCAAUUUUCACCCACGACUUAAACGAGCCAUAUCCAUCCUACAUGUAUUCGAUUAGCUCAGGUGCUUAUCCUUCAAGACCCUGGACAAAUGUCAUACAAGGAAAUUCUGAGAUAUCACAGUUUUACCUCUACAAAAAACCCACUGAUACAUACAAGACGGCAGUCAAAUUUUGCUCCAGCAAAGACUCGACUGGUAACAGAAAAUGGGCUGUAACAAAAAGACGAUGCUCUCGAGGUUGGAAGCAAGAAUUUGUUUUAUACGGUUCUCUUUUCCGAACAUCUGAGUCUCAACUAUACUACGUCGGAAACAGGGGAAGACCACAUUGGACCUCCCGCGUAUCUAAGAAAUUCCCCUCAAAUGGUUAUACGUCAUCGGUCUUCUACUUCUAUGGACCAAAAAGUACAGACAAUGGACCAACUUUUCCAUCAAGGCCUACACCAAGACCGUUCAGCACUCGUCGUCCUAUCUAUACUAGACCAUAUACCACUUCACGAAGACCAGUUUAUACUCGUCCAUAUACCACUUCACGAAGACCGAUUUAUACUCGUCCAUAUACCACUACAACCAGAAGACCAUACCGACCCCAACCCACUUUCCCAUCUUUUACAACAACAAGACGAACCUCUCGACCAAUUGGUGGUGGACCUCAGCCAACAGACGCAUACAACAGAGAGUGCUUAGAAGCCCACAACUUUUUCCGAGCAGCACACAAUGUACCUGCUCUUCAAUGGUCCUCAGAACUUGCAAGGACUGCUCAAAGAUGGGCAGAUCAAUUGAAGCAACGAGCACCAGAGCGACCAGACCAAGCCAGGAUGGGUGAUCGUACCCGCAACUGGCCCCACUCUGAGUCCGACCAAAGGGGAACCUACAGAAAAGCAGGUGAUGGUGAAAAUAUCGCAUGGGAUCGUUCUGGAGAUGGUAGCCCCGCCAAAGAAUCUGUUCUUAGAUGGUACAGUGAAAUAUUCUAUUACAACCGAAACCAUCCAACACACUCUCCAGCUCCAGACAAGCCAGUCGGACAUUUGACACAGCUCUUGUGGAAAGACACAACGCAUUUAGGAUGUGCUAUGGCUACCACCAAAAUUGGAAGAUACAACCAACUAUCAACAUGGUCUGUUGCCCAUUACAGAAAAGGUGGUAAUAUGCGAUAUUCAAACAGCAUGUCAGCAACAUUGAGACUCUACAAUGAACAAGUUCCCGAUAUGAGAGCAGGUUCAUGCAUGACGAGAUCUGGAGCAUGUAACAACGGAAAUCAAUGUAUGGCUUUCGGACCGGCUCAAGGAAGCUGUGCUUGCACAAAUCAACUAGCUUCGUGUCGCAGCAACAAUGGUUGUAUAGCUUGGUGCAAGAACAGAGGUGGAAAUUGGAAUUGGUCUGAAGAAUGCCGAGGCGCAAAUAAAUGCUCGUGUACGUCAGACAGAGGAGCAGUCUGUACUUGAUUAAGAAACAACCCACAUAACGUCACUUCAUAAUUCUACUGUUGCCAGAUUGAGUUAAUUGAGCCCAGGUUCAUUAGUAAAGGAAUCUGUUUCGCUGUAACAAGAUGUGGGCACUGUUGUGAGCGACGAUAGAAUUGCUGUUCUUGAAAAUUUUUUUAUAGUAUUUAUUUUUUGUAGUGCAAUGUUAUUUUGUGCCAGGAGCAUUUCAUCUUUUGAUAAACAUUCGAAGUAACAAUAUCAUGUUCCCAUAAAAAUAAAAAGCUUCCGAGAAGCGUCAUUUUGCUUGAACAGAAUCAUCAAAACCACACUUCAUCUAGCAGUAACUAAAAUUUUAAAUCGCCUAUUCAACCUCUAGAAUUUUCACUCGCCUCACUCUAAGUUUUUAUUUGACUUCCUUUAUUUAUAUUCUUCUAUUUUAUUAAAUUGCAUUUAUUUCAUAAUACUUUACGUCUCAUGCAAGUUCGCCCUUAUUAUACUUACAUUAUCAAUUAUAUUCUUUUCGAAGAUUUCUUAAAUAAUAAAUUAAACAAAAACUCGUG